GAUGCAUUUACUUUAAAAUCAUUUCCCACGGAUUUCAUUUUAUUCAAUUUCAUCCCAUUAACAACAAAGCUUGCAAUCUAUCAAUCAUGCAUGUCCUUGUCACCGGCGCUUCAGGUCUUCUUGGCCGUGCAGUCGUAGUUGAGUAUAAGAAUGCAGGACAUGAAGUCAUUGGAUUGGCGCACUCUCGUGUCAGGGACGACCUUAAGAAGCUUGACUUGGAGGACGCUGCUGCUGUCACAGCCUUCAUUGAGGAGCACAAGCCCGAUGUUGUUGUUCAUUGUGCUGCUGAGCGUCGGCCUGAUGUUGUUGAGAAAGAUCCCAGCGGAGCGCAAAAACUCAAUGUCCAAGCUCCUGGUUUAUUGGCGGAUCUGACCAAUGACCGUGGUAUUCUGAUGAUCUACAUCUCGACGGACUAUGUUUUCGAUGGCACUUCUCCACCUUAUGAUGUUACUGACAAGCCCAAUCCACUCAACACCUACGGUCGCACUAAAUAUGAAGGGGAAGUUGAGGUUAAGAACAGGAAUUCUUCUGCAAUUAUCCUUCGAGUCCCUAUCCUGUAUGGGCCAACUGAAUACAACAGUGAGUCUGCGGUCAAUACCCUAAUUGACAGCGUUACAAGCAGCAAGCAAAUUAGUAUGGAUCACUACGCAAUUCGGUAUCCAACCUAUGUUUAUGAUGUAGCGCGAGUGAUCAAGGACCUUUCAGUUAAGGUUCGCUUGGAGAAAGUUUUCAUUUCUGGAGUCCUGCACUUUUCGGCACAGGAGAAGUAUACGAAAUAUGAGAUUUGCGAGGUCAUUGCCAAGAUCCUAGGAGCCAACUUGGAUCAUUUGAAGAUCGUAGACAGCGAACCAAAGGAUAGCACUAUGAGGCCUUAUGAUUGCCAUCUUACUAAUAGGUGUCUUGAGGGUGUUGGGAUCAAUACCCAGUUCAUGAAGCUUGCGGACUGGUUGCAAGAAUGGCUGACGAAGAAUCACCCAUAGAUUAAAGCUUAUUGAGACAUAUGACAGUCUCACUUGCACUGACAAAUAUGAAUAAGGAACAAUUUUUUGUAGUAAAUGGGUUUUUGACCGUUUUUUAAUAAGGAAUCGAAGAGCCCACUU